CCAGCCAAAAACCCCACUUCCGUUUCAGUUCCCUUGAAACUAGCGCACUCCUUCUCGUCUUCUCCGUUAGGGCUUCGCCGUCCGAAGAGCAAGCUCGUUAUUUUCACACGACGAUGGAGGAAUCCGGGGGUUUCUCCGGUCCGGCGGGCACUCACACACCAUCCGGGGCGGGGACAAUCAAGAGGAUCCGAUUGGAGAAUUUCAUGUGCCACAGUAACCUUCAAAUCGAGCUCGGUCCGCGGGUCAAUUUCAUCACCGGCCAGAAUGGGAGUGGUAAAAGUGCAAUACUUACAGCGAUUUGCGUAGCCUUCGGAAGCAGAGCUAAGGGGACGCAGAGGGCGUCCACACUGAAGGAUUUCAUCAAAACUGGUUGCAGUCACGCUACUGUUGAAGUGGUAAUAAAAAAUGAAGGACAUGAUGCCUUUAAGCAUGAUAUCUAUGGCAAUUCCAUAAUUUUAGAGCGUCGAAUCAAUCAGUCGGGCGGCUCCAUGACUUUAAAGGAUCACCGAGGAAGAAAAGUUGCAGGUCGGAAAGAUGAUCUUCAGGAACUCAUAGAUCAUUUUAAUAUUGAUGUAGAGAAUCCUUGUGUCGUGAUGAGUCAAGACAAAAGUAGGGAGUUCCUGCAUUCUGGGAACAAGAAAGACAAAUUCAAGUUUUUCUUCAAGGCUACUCUUCUUCAGCAAGUUAAUGAUACCUUACAAAGGAACACAGAAGGACUGAGGUCUGUAAGUGCAGCUGUUGAGGAAGACGAGGCUUCUAUUAAACCAGUAGAGAAAGAACUUGCAGAGUUGCAGAGAAAAAUUAGUAACAUGGAGCAUUUGGAAGAAAUAUCUCAGGAGGUUGAGGUUCUGACUAAGAAGCUAGCAUGGGCAUGGGUUUAUGAUGUAGACAAGCAAAAACAGGAGCACAUUGCGAUGAUGGAGAAACUCAAACAACGUGUUCCUGCUUGCCAAAAAAAGAUAGAUGAAGAACUAGCUAAGAUGGAAUCUUUGGAGGAAAAAUCAUCAAAGAAGAAAGGUCAAAUUGCUCGCCUGAUGGAUAAAACAUUGGAAGUGAAGAGUAAGCAGCAGGAAUUCAAGGACUCUAUUUCCAUGGCCACAAAGGAGAAGGUUGAAUUACAAGAAAAGCGUAAGCGUGCGACUAAGCAGAUUGACGACAAGGAGAAACAAGUAAAAGAAUUGGAACGGCAAAUUGAGGAAAUUAAUGAUCAGCAUCUUAGAAACACACAGGCUGAAAAUUCUGAAAUGGAGGAAAAGGUCAAGGAACUUAAACGUGCAAUAGAUGAUGCAAAUGACUCAUUCUUGAGGUUAGAGAAUGAGGAACGUGGAUCAACAGAUUACGUGGAUAAGAUACAAGGUGAAAUUAGUGAGAUUGCUAAACAGAUUGCAGAUAACGAGAGAAAGGAAAAAAAUCAUCGUUCAGCCAUUAAUGAUCUUCAGAAGAACAGAAAAAACAAGGUCACAGCAUUUGGAGGAGAUAGAGUCCUUCGACUUCUGCGUGCAAUUGAAAACCAUCGUCAUCAAUUUAAAAGGCCACCAAUAGGUCCAAUUGGCGCUAAUAUUGCCUUAGCAAACGCUGAUAGAUGGGCUCUAGCUGUUGAGUAUGCGCUUGGGAAGCUGUUCAAUGCGUUCAUUGUGACAAAUCAUAGUGAUUCUCUCCUUCUAAAAAAAUGUGCAAGAGAAGCAAAUUAUGGUGACCUGAAAAUCUACAUAUAUGACUUUGAACGACCAAGGUUAAACAUACCUUCUGACAAGCUUCCCACAACACAUCACCCAACUGUUCUAUCUGUUAUACAAUCCAGCUAUGAUACAGUGCUAAAUGUUCUGAUAGAUUUGGGAAAUGCAGAAAGGCAAGUCCUUGUCAAGGACUAUGACACCGCUAAGGAAGUUGCUUUUGGACAAAGAACUCGAAAUGUGCAUGAGGUUUACACAUCAGAUGGAUAUAAAAUGUUCUGUCGUGAGUCAGUGGAGACAGUGCUUCCGCCAUCUAAGUGGCUUAGAGCAAACCGUCUGUGCGGUUCAUUUGAUGAUCAAAUCAGUGAUCAUGAGCAACAGGUCCAUGUUCUUGCUAAAGAAACUGAACAUUUAAGACGGAAGAAGCAGGACUCUGAGGGAACUCUUCGAAGUCUUGGAGAAACACUGCGGUUAGCAAAGAAGAAACGCUCGGAUGCUGAGCGGAAGGUGGCAUCUAUGGAACUAGAGCUGCAGGAUUUGGAGCGAUCAAUUGACAAUGCAAGCAUGUCGCUGCCAACGUCAACUUUGGAUGAACUUCGUGAAGAAAUUUCUAGGAUAGAAGAAGAUAUAAAACACAAACAGGAUACUCUAGAGAAGCUCGAGGUUGGAAUUGAAAAAGCUGAAGAAAAAGUUACGGCUCUGAAGAUGUCAUUUCAGAGUUUAUGUGAUUCAGCAAAACAAGACUUCGAGACCCUGGAGGAUGCUGAGACUGAGCUGAUGAAGAUUGAGACAGAUCGGAAGAGUGCCGAGACGCAAAAAGCGUAUUAUGAGCGUAUAAUGGCUACUAAGGUCCUUGUCGACAUAGAAAGUGCAAAGGAAAAGCAUGGGAAGCUUGAAGAUGAGCGGAAGGAAAGAUGCAGGAAGGCUUCCAUCAUAUGUCCUGAGAGUGAAAUUGAAAAUUUAGGAGGAUCAUCAGAGCGCAGCAGCCCAGAGCAACUUAGUGCCCAUUUAAGUAGACUGAAGAAGAGGCUUCACAAUGAGAGUCAGCAGUUUUCAGAAUCUAUUGAUGAUCUGAGAAUAAUGUAUGAGCAAAAAGAGAAUAAAAUUCAAAAGAGAAGACAAUGGUGUAAAACAUUCAGAGAAAAAUUGGAGGUCUGUGUGAAAGCAUUAGACUUGCGGUGGCAAAAGUUCGAGAGCAAUACAAAUAACGCAAGGCGUGAAUUAACUUGGAAUUUCAAUGGUCAUUUGGGAAACAAAGGUAUAAGUGGGAACAUCAAAAUUGAUUAUGAGGAAAAAAGCCUUGGAGUGGAGGUGAAAAUGCCCCAAGAUGCAUCAAAUAGCUCAGUCCGUGAUACAAGAGGACUUUCAGGUGGGGAACGCUCCUUCUCAACUCUAUGCUUUGCACUAUCACUUCAUCAGAUGAUAGAGUGUCCAUUCCGAGCAAUGGACGAGUUUGACGUAUUUAUGGAUGCGGUGAGUCGAAAAAUCAGCCUGGACACAUUGGUCGAUUUUGCGCUAAGUCACAAAGCUCAGUGGAUAUUUAUCACUCCUCACGAUAUCAGCAUGGUGAGACACGACGAGAAUAUAAAGAAGCAGCAAAUGGCCGCACCUCGAUCUUAGGCUUUUCCGAUGAUGGUGCGCUGCUGCGGUCUCUUUCAUGUUUUUGGCUGUGUGCAUCUCACCCGCUGGUUCGAUCUAGGCUUGGCAAUUAUACCCAUACCCAUGGGUUUGUAACUAUCCAACCCAUUUGGGUUGGGUCUGAAAUCCAAUUAAAGUGUAAAUGGAUAAAGUCAGAUGGGUCAAAACCCAUACCCAUUAUGUUGGAUUUAAUUGGGUUUUACCCAUGAACUUGGGUUAAAAAAUCCAAACCCAAAUAAUUAAAAAAAGAAAAACGAAACUAAAAAGAAAAAGAAAAUCUUCGUUUCCUCUCAGUCGAGAAUCGAGAGUCGGCACUCUCUUUUUCUCUACCCAUCCUUCGUCGACGACGAGCCGGCUGACCAAACAGAGACGGCCACGACGUCGGCGCCCCGGCCAGUCCACCGCCACUAGCUCGAAGCCUCGAAUGUCGCCGCCCCGAACCACUUCGAUUUCGGCAUUCCAUCCGACCGCUAAAUCGCAUCGCCGCCGCGGCGCCGCCCAGUGAUACAAAACCCACUCCGAUUUCGUCCCCUGAAACCGUCUCUUCCUCCCAAAAACCCACUCCGAUUUCGUCCCCUGAAACCGUCUCUUCCUCCCCAAAAACCCACUGCGAUUUCGUCCCCUGAAACCGUCUCUUCCUCCCCAAAAACCCACUCCGAUUUCGUCCCCUGAAACCGUCUCUUCCUCCUUAAAAACCCACUCCGCCGUCGAUCUGUGACCCCAGAAGAAGUUGGUCGUCCCCUGAAAUUAGGUGCGUAAACUCUUUUCCUUCACCUUCCAUUUCUCGCUGCUUUUCAAUUGAAAAGUCCCUACUGGAAUUGGCGCUGCUCGUCGAUUGUGCGCAGAUCUUAAUCCCUGCUCCCAGUCGAGAAAGCAAUUGAAGUUACCUGGAGGAAAACGAGAGAGAGGGUUUGUCGCUGAAAUGUCUUGUGGCUCAGAUUGCUAGCUUCAAUCCCGUGGAGUUUGUGUAAAGAAGACGCAUAUUGGAAGCUGAGUCGACUCGAUCAGGUCGGUUACAGAGUAGGUGCGUGCUUGCUUGUCGGUUUUCUCCCUUUCGUUUUCGUCUGUUGGGGUUUUCUCGGGAGCCAAACAGGUGAAAGUGUAGAGGUUAUGAAUCUGGUGGCUAGUCUAACGGCAGCAUCUGAAUCGGAUGAUACAGGUGGAGGGGAAAUCUGAGCUGAGGUGGUGGUGGCGGUGAUGAUUUGAAGAGAAAUUGAGAGAAGAGAUGAGACGAAAUACAGUUGGUCUAUUUGUGAUAUUCUCAGUAGCUGAAAUACAGAAACGCAUCCAGGUACGAAUUCUUAUCAAGUAGGCUAUGCUUUUUAUUUGCUUUGAAUUAGGUCUCAUUAAAAUGUUAGUUGGUGAAUGAUUGGGCUGUGUAUUGCUCUGUUAGUUGGUGAAUGAUUGGGAUGUGUAUUGUUGUCUCUGUUUGAAGCAUUUUUAAUCCUGAUUUGGUUGAAUGAUUGUACUGUUGCACUAGUUUGAAUGAUUGUUUGUUGCUUGCUUGAUUUUUCUAGGGAAAUAUGGCUUCAGAAACUAAUGAUGAUAGUCUAUCUAUGAAUCAUGAGAGUAGUAAUGGACAGCCUAGUGUGUCUUCUAGUCGUAUGGUAUGGUCUUCUGGGAAGCAGUGGUCUGAAGUGUGGAAGGAUUAUAAUCGAGUUGUAAUUAGUGGGCUGAGAAAAGCUGAAUGCAAAUACUGCCAUAAAAAGCUUGCGGCUGAAUCCAACUCUGGAACUUCUCAUUUGCGCAAUCAUUUGUUAAAAUGUCGAGUAAAAAAUGUUGAUCUAGUCAAGGUUGGUGGACUUUUGGGUAGUAAGAAAAGGAAAAUUGGUAC